CACAAAGUACAGAACGCAAUCACAAAGUACAGAACGCCAGAACCACGCGCGCCCCCCCAAACCCGUCCACCCAACACAACACAAUGUCAGACACCGAGCGACGGCGCGAACCGCACCGCGACAAGCACAACGCCCGGGGCGCGCGCGAGCGAGACGGCGCCACGGAGCGCAGCACACGCAGCCGGCCCGCUCGGUCGCGCAGCCCGCGCGCAGACGGCGGGCGCAGAGAGGGGCGAUACAGAUCGCGCUCACCGGCGCGACGGGAGGUGCGCGGCGGGCGCGGCCAUGACGGCAGGGGCCGCGGCGGGCGCACCAACGACCGCAAUAACGACCGGACCUCACACGCACCACCGCGCGCGCCAAGAGCAAUCAGGCCCGAGCCCGUCUCCUCGUCAGCCAAGGCCGUCUCGCCCGAGGCGAUGGAGGUUGAGACGAAGACGGAAAUGAAGACGGAAACGAAGACGGGCCCGCAAGACGCGCGGCCCGAGGACAUGGACGACGAGACGUGGGCGGUAAUGCAGACGAUGGGGUUCGGCGGGUUCAAGAGCACCAAGAACACAAAAGUGCCGGGGAACGCGGGCAACUACGGGGUCAGACGCGACAAGACGAUGGAGGCGAGGCAGUACAUGAAUCGGCAGGGCGGGUUCAAUCGGCCGCUUUCGCCGGGGAGGGGGUAGGGUGCUGGGUGAUGCAGUGCUGGGUGAUGCAGUGCUGGGUGAUGCAGUGCUGGUGAUGAAGUGCUGGGGAUGAAGUGCUGGUGAUGAAGUGCGGGUGAUGAAGUGCUGGUGAUGAAGUGCUGGGGAUGAAGUGCUGGUGAUGAAGUGCUGGGAUGAAGUGCUGGGGAUGAAGUGCUGGGUGAUAAAGUGCUGGGUGAUAAAGUGCUGGGUGACGGCGUCCGUGGGUGAUGGAGUGCGCGGGAAGAGUGCGAGUAUCAGCUGCGGCGGACUCUGGGACGUCCUGCAAGCGCACCGUGAGGCAGCACAAAAGGACCUUGGUGCUGCGUGCUGGAGUAUCGCGACCACCAA